AUUUUAAUUUGAUAUUUUUAGUCUAUAACGAAACUUGAAAUCGAUCGGUUAUAUUGUACUAAAAGAAAACUAUCGAAGGCGGUCGUCGUAAAAUUGAAUAUGAAAAAUUGUUGAAUUUCAAGAAAAUCAUAAAAACAGAAACAUGAUACCAAAAGAAAUUCUACCACUUCUACUUAUUGUGGGUGCCAUUGCCAUCCAGGCCUCCUUUGUGGCAACCGAGUCAUUUGACUCCGAUUUGGAUGAGUUGAUGUGUACAAAUGAAGCUGAUGGCACUCUGCUGCCCUUAACGGAUGAUUGCGAAGCCUAUGUCUAUUGUCUGUCCGGUAUUUCUUUGAAAAUACCUUGCAUUUCUGGCAUGGGUUUCAGUACCGUGCGGGGCGGUUGUGUCGACUAUGCCAAGUCGAAUUGUGUGCCACAGUCGCAGGAGGAUGUAAAGCCAACAACAAAGGGCACUUGUGACAACGAACAGCGUCCGGAAAAUCAGGCUGCCUGCGCUGGUCAGGCCUAUGGUGCCUUGGUGCCAUAUCCGGGAGAUUGUUCGAAAUUUUUGGUCUGUAUGUGUGAAUAUCCCACGGUAAAGGAUUGUGCCGCAGGUACCUGGUGGGAUAAUUCGCUGAAAACGUGUAACUACCCUCAGUAUGUGGAUUGUCCUUGGAGUGGAACGGGUGGCAGUAGUUCAACGCCUGGCAUCACUACAGCCAGUACCCCGCCGACUACAGAUGGUGGAUGGGGACUAAAUUGUGUGGCGUAUCCUGGCAUGAGUGCUGACGUUUGUGUGGACUAUGUUAAUGGAUAUCUGUUGCGUUAUCCUUACAAUUGCAAUGUCUAUUUGAAUUGUACCAUGGGUUGUCCGGUCAUGACCGAUUGUCCUGUCGACAAGGUAUUUAAUGAUUUGCUCAAGAUUUGUGAUACCCCGGAGACGGCCCAAUGUGAAGAGUUGCCGUUGCCCAGUCCAACCACCACCACCACCUCGACCUCAAUUCCAACCACCACUACUACCACCCCAAUAGCCCCUGAUACGACAACGGAGGAGCCCGACAUUAACACCACCUUGGAUUGGGGCAACAAUUGUGAGGCCCCACCUGGCAUGCAGUCAGACAUUUGUUGGGAGCUGAAGAAUGGCGUGCUCAUGAGCUAUCCCUAUGAUUGUAAUGUCUAUAUCAAUUGUACCAAAGGAUGUCCGGUUAUGGACUAUUGUCCUGCGGAUAAGGUUUUCAAUCCGAUUCUAUUGAUUUGUGAUACCCCGGAGACGGCUCAUUGUGUAGAGUUGCCAAUGCCCACAACUACCCCAGUGGUGAGCACCCAUACCACGGAGCUGUCCACCACGACAACGGAGGUGUCCACUACGACCACCGAGGAGAUCACCAGCACCACUGAAGUAUCCACAACCACCACCGAAGAGGAUGUCACAACCACUCCUGGAAUAUGCAUUCAUCCCCCUGGAAUUCUUGAAAACUAUUGUGACGAUCUCGUAGAAGGAUCGGUUUUGGUAUAUCCUUACAAUUGCUCAGCCUAUAUUAGCUGUCGUCACAAUUGUCCCUAUCUGGAAUACUGUGAGGAGUCGAAGCUAUUCAACAGCCUCUUGGGAAUUUGUGAUGAUGCCAAUAAUGUGGAAUGCGAGGAGCAACCCUAUCCAACCCCCAGUACACCUGGGUCAACCACCACACCCGAAUUGUCGACAACGCCUCAGCCGCCCUUUACACCCACCUUGCCACCCAGCGUGGAUCAGGAAAUGUGUCGCGACGAACCUGACUAUACCGUUUUUCCCUAUGAGGGAAAUUGUGGUCAAUAUUUGGUGUGUUUGGAUUCCAAGGUGGAGCUGAUGGAUUGUCCCAAUGGCUGGUUGUUUAAUGCCCAAAUGAAGAUGUGUGACGAGGCCGGAGAGGAGGUUUGUUACACCGAGAGCACCACAACGCCAGAGCCUACCACAAGCACCACCACCAUCAUCAGCACCACCACUACCUCGGAACCCAUAUUGGAUUUGUGUUUGGGUCAACCUUCGGGCACCAGCUUCCCCUAUCCCGAGAAUUGCCAGAAAUACUACUAUUGCCGCAACAAUGGCACCUAUUAUGUCCUUAACUGUCCCUAUAACAAUUACUAUGAUCCCAUAUCGGGUAAUUGUGGUCCGGACAUCUCACCCACUGCCUGCCAGGAGGUAUUGACCACCACCACGGUGGCUCCCACGGAACCCACCACCCUAAGCCCAGAGCAGAAAUGUGCUGGACAAGAGUUUGGCACGACCUUCCCUUAUGAGGCCAACUGUAAGCAGUACAUAAUGUGUACGAAUAAUGGGGCCUAUAAGAUCAUGAAUUGUCCGGGAAAUAAUUACUAUUAUCCGGACACGGGCAAUUGUGGGCCAAGUGAUAAUGUGGAUAUAUGUCGUGGUACAACUACCACCAGUACAACCACUACCACCACCACCACUACGACCACCACUACCACUCCGAAACCAACAACAACCACCACCACCACAACCCCCAGCUCCCCAAUUUCCCAGGGCAUCUGUGGCAACUACACCCAAGGUGAACUCAUUGAAUACCCCGACAACUGCCACAAAUACAUUAGCUGUGUUCGACCCAUACCCAUUGGAUUCUAUUGCCCGGGUAACCUUUAUUUCAAUGUCGAGGAACAAAAAUGUGCCUUGGAAGCCGCUGAGGGUUCCGACUGCUCCAGUUAUCCCUCUAAUGAAACCACUGUGGCUCCACCCACCCACAUCUGUCAGGGCAUGUCCGAGGGAGAUACCCAAAUCUAUCCCGCCGAUUGUCAAAUGUAUUAUCAAUGUCUGGGCAAUGGUUACUACAUGCUCCAGAUGUGUACCCAAGGAGAAUAUUUCAAUCCGCUGACACAGCAAUGUUCCCAUGACGUGGGUCCAAAUUAUUGUAAACAAAAUUUCGAUACCACCACCAGCACAACGGCCAGUACCCCCGUCACACCAACUCCCAAACCCCAGGGCGGUAUUUGUUGGGAAAAACCGAAUGGCUAUAAGGUAGCCUAUCCCAAUGAUUGUUCCAAAUACAUUGUGUGUAAUACUCCCAUACCGACGGGAUACUAUUGUCCAGAGGGUUUGCAAUUUAGUUCGGAGGCCCAAACCUGUGUCCAGCCCCAGGAAUCGGAUUGUGGUCUAAUAACUACCACAGCUGAGCCUCCACUACCCACAAUGCCAUGGAAUGAGUGUACCGGCAAACCGGAUUAUACCCUGCUGCCCUAUGAGGCCAACUGUUCCCUAUUCAUUGUUUGCAUAAAGAAUCUGGAACACAAAGCCUAUUGUCCUGCGGGGCAAUAUUUUGAUGUUAUUCAGGGAAAUUGUAGCGCUCAGGCCCAUUCGGACUCGUGUAUUUAUGAUUAUGACACAACGACCACAGAAAUCACUACAAGUACCGCCGUUACAACAACACCAACAACAAGCACCACACCCACGACUCCAAAACCCAACCUGGGUCCAUGUUAUGGUCAAGCCGAUGGCACCAAAGUACCCUACCCCAAUAACUGUAGCAAAUACAUUGUUUGCCACGAUCCCAUACCUGUGGCAACAGAGUGCCCUGAGGGUUUGGAAUUCAACAGCGACCUGGGAGAAUGUGUUCGACCCGAAAUUGCCAAUUGCAGUAUCAAGACCACAACAGAGCCGCCAACCACCACCACAACCACCGCCAGUACUACCACGGAAGUCACCACACCCAAGCCACCGAAUGUGUGUACCAAUCAACCAUCUGGCACCACCAUCACCUAUCCCUCAGAUUGCUCCAAAUACUAUAUGUGCCUAAACGGCAAUCCCACCCUAGUCAACUGCAUGCCAAAUUCCUAUUACAAUCCGUCGAGCGGCCAAUGUGAUAGCUCAUCACCGACAAUAUGUCAGCCCCAGACACCCUGUAAUGGCAAAGAAAAUGGCUAUACCUAUAGCUACAGCCAAGAUUGUUCGAAAUUUUAUAUAUGCCUAAAUGAUAAACCCUAUCUAACACAAUGUCCCAGCAGCUCGUAUUAUAAUCCGGCACAGGGUGUAUGUGAUCCCCAGACAUCGGAAUCCGAGUGUCAAGGCGAUCAAAAUACUACAACUGAAAUGCCAAUUACAACGAUAGGAACUAGCAGUGAGUUGCCAACUACGACAAGUGAAAUGCCUACACAGGAAGUGCCAACUACGACAACAGAAUUGCCAACUUCUACAACGGAAAUAACGUCAACAGAGACUACCACCGAGUUGCCAACCACUACAACGGAAUUACCAACCACAGAGACUACCACAGAAUUGCCAACUUCUACCACGGAAUUACCAACCACACCCACGACUGUUACAACCACAACCGCAGCCACAACAAGUACCACUGAACUAACAACUCCAACCACAACCGAAUCAAAUCCCCCAUCUCAAAGCCAAGGCAACAUCUGUUGUGGCCAAGAAAUCGGCACUCUCUUACCCUAUCCCGGAGAUAAUACCAAAUAUGUAGUGUGCCUAUAUCCGGUGCCAGAAGUAGCCCAGUGCUUGGCCAAUUCCACCUAUGAUCCGGAAACACAGAGGUGUCAAGCCCAGGACGACGGUUAUGUUAGCAUGCCCAGCUGUGCCACGGUACCCUUUGGCCAGGGAUUGGCAUACGAGGGUGAUUGUACCAAAUAUUAUCAAUGUUUCGGUACAAUGGCGAAAAUUAUGACCUGCGGUAAUGGUUGGUAUUUCAACGCCCAACUGGGUAGCUGUGUUCCAGCCGAACUUUACAACUGUCCAUGGGAUAUGUAAUAAUGUAUUGCGAUCACUAUAUAAAUAAAUAUGCACAAGAAAAAUGCUAGUAUUCAAAAGAAUAA